CCAUCCGGCGAUUGCAAUCAGAGCCGUCGGCUUCCUCCUCCCUCCUGAAAUACGCGCCCUUCCCUACCUUUGCCACCAUCACUCAUCCAGGGAAGAGGUCAAUAGACAUGUCUCUUCUCGAUGAGAAGGCCAGGUUGUCAUCACCUUCUCGGUCCUCAUCCUCCAUUGGCUUCCUCUCUCCCUCUGCAGUCUCCACUUCACACCGGACCCCUUCUCCACCCGCGGACCGGCAGAAUGCUAUCUGCAAGGCUAUGGGCGCACUCUUCCUCCAGCAUAGAGUACAGUGUCUCGAAGAGGAUGUAGCCAAGCUAGAUCGGAAGAACUUUCAUCUAGGCGGAAAGCACAAAGGUCGUGAUGGGAGAGGCGGAGGUCCUCAUAUGGGCAGGGAGCCGGGCAAGAAGUCUGGCUGUCCUUUCCAGAGGAGAGCUGAGAAAUACAAGACGGUCGCUACUAGCGAGGAAAUGCCGCAAAGUAGAGCUGAGCUGCUCGUGGUCGUGGAUGCUAGUGUCCUGAUCUACUCAUUGCGCAGCGUGCAUGAGUGGCUCAAGGAAGGCAAGACCAGGGUUGUCAUUCCAGAUGAAGCCUGUCGUACUUUGGACGUCCUCAAGACCAAGGAGGAUCGGCUUGGUCUAGCAGCAAGGAAAGCAGCUCGCUUCAUCGAGGAGAGGAUGGUACAGGGUCGCCAGGCGGAUGUGACCCAUUCUCCUGCUCCUCAGAGUGUCCAGACACCUUCACGCAGAUCCUCCUGGUACAGAUGUCCCUCUGCCACCUCUUCAGGGCUCGCAUGUCGCCAGUCGAAGCGCAGACAAUGAGAGCGAGCAAAGAGGAGAAGAAUUCUCUCGAAGAGCUGGCUGCCAUCCGUCCGGGCGCUGAGGCACUCAAUCGCUCGGGAGCCUCCAGCCUUCAAGAUUGUCCCAUCUUCAUCCGCGAGACCCUCCUCUGCGCCCUCUACUAUCUGCAGCUUCUACCUCCCUCGACCUCCACUCCUCCUUCGCCGGCGGCAGACUCUCCUCGCAUGGCUCUAGCCAUCGCCUACCCACCUCCACGGCAUCUGGAAUCGGGCCACGCAGAAGAAGAGAUUCGCUACCUGGAGCGCGUCAAUCCCGACGCAUUAGUGGAUCGAUGCGCCGCCUAUGGUAUCUUCGAUUUCGACCAAGCAAGCAUCGGGAUGAGCGGCGGUGCACCUGCCGUUCAGAGCGGUGAGGAAGGAGGAGCAACAGGAAGACUCAUCGUCCUGCCUACUGCUGCGAGCUGGCUAUUGG